GAUAGUGUCUGAUUAAUACCUAGCAAUCGGUAGUAUAUAUACACUCGUUGACUCGUUCAGCGCCAAGUGUCGAGCCAGGACCAUCUACCAACCGGACGACGACGCACACGACCAGAAUGUCCUACCUGCUUGAGGUGCUAUCGCUGGUGUACAUCUCCUUAUGCGGCGCUCUCUAUGCACUCAGUAAAUCCGGAGCUCUCGUCCUCUUCCAGAUAGGUUUCAAUAUUGUCUUCCUGGGAGUUAUGGCACGCACGUACCUCCCCCACCUAACGAAGAUAUUUGCCCUCUACAAGGCCAAUCCGCCACGCGACGGAAGUCAAGGGCUUGACCCCAAGCAGUUUAUGUCUUUCUUUGGCAUCUACAAAAACAGAUGCCACAUGAACAUGAUGGCUUCGCUGGCCCUCAUUCUAUCCCUCACUGUCUACCUCAACAUCGACGCGGUGAAAGCCCAAGCCCCACAGCAUCUCGUCUUGCAGACGCUGAUGGUCACAACAAUGGCAAAUGCCUUGUCCGGCCUCUACCUCAGCGUUCUCUUCGCUGAUAAGAUAGAAGAAAUCAGCGCCUCAUAUGGGCUAACUAUAAGUUGGGUGCAACGGGCCGUUGCGCUUUCAGCGCCUGGUGCUGCCAUCGUCCUCUCCACGCCUUUCGGCAUGACUGGAAGCGCCAUCAUCACCUCCGUCAUCUAUCGCGUCACUGCCGGAGCUCUAUCCCUGAUUGAGCUGGACGGGGCGGCCCGUGGCACCAAGAGCGACUACGACCAGUAUAUCGCUUUGGCAGCUGUGAUGUAUAUCGUCUUCGUUAUCAUCCAUACUGUCGUCACAGCCAAGAUGUUCAUGAAGCUCAAAGCUCCCGCAUCCCUCGUAACGCCCUCCCUCGCCGAUGCUCGCUGAGGAGGGCAUUUGCUGCAUUCAUCGGAUAGUAAAUUGUAGGACUUUGGAUUUUACACCCUAUCUAACCUCCUGGUGACAAUACACCACUACAAUGUUUUGCCUUCUCAACGGUCACCAAGUGAAUCUUUGCUGUUCUUUUCGCCUCAACUUGCAAGCAUCUGUACUGUAGAUAAUACAACACGCAUUCCCAUCGGAGCGCCCCUCGGGAUGCGUUCCCGUUCCGUCCAUUUUUGGGUGGCCUGUCAAGCCCGUCUCUAUUUCAAUA